GCCGUAUAAAUGCUGUGGAGGGAGCCUCCCAGGUGAGAUCGAAUGCCUGGCGUAUUCUAACAUUGAACUGACAAUCCAGUUCACUGUUCACUUAGUGCGACAGCGACGUUAGUCGGGUAAACACAAAAGGACGCGGCGCAUAACGAGAAUCAGCCGCAUCUCGAAAUUCAUGAAUGAAUUCCAAUAACACGAUCUUUUGACAGGUGCAGCUACUGUGUUUUAAAACUAUCAUGAUUUGUGUGAAUUAAUCUGACUUGUGUUAACUUUUUUCUCGUAUAAAAUGGCGAAUGAUGUGGUCGUCAAAUUGGAAAAAGUAUUAUUGGACAUUUUUUUAUUAAAUUGUGUCGGUUGGCCUAUUCUUUUCCUCUACUUGUGGGGCAGUGCCUACCAAAGAGGUUUCUUCUGUGAUGAUGAGAGUCUCCGACAUCCAUUUCUGGAAUCAACGGUCCCUAGUUGGUCGUUGUAUGUUACUGGAAUAGGACUGAAUUCUAUAGCGAUGCUUAUGACUGAGUAUCUAAAUCGACCAAACAAUCAAAAGAACAUAAUAUUCCUUGGAAUGUCCAUACCUAAUUGGAUCUAUAACCUUUAUUGUGUUUUUGGCAUAUUUGCCUUUGGCGCAGCUUGUUCGCAGCUAACCACCGAUGUCUUAAAAUAUACUGUCGGCAGAUUGAGGCCACAUUUUUACUCAGUGUGCCUUCCCGAUGUUUGUAAUGGUUCGAUUAUACCAUACAAAUAUUACGAACAUUUUGUUUGUACCAAUCCGUUAUACAUCAACAAUAAGAGAACUAUGAAAGAAAUAAGACUCUCGUUUCCUUCUGGACAUUCAUCGUUUUCGAUGUACACGAUGUUAUAUUUCGCAAUUUACUUGCACAAACGUAUGACAUGGGAUGGCUCAAUACUCUUAAAACAUACUCUUCAAUUUCUCGCUGUUCUAUCGUCUCUUUUCACUGCAAUGACAAGAGUAUCUGACUACAAACAUCACUGGAGCGAUGUACUAUGUGGUCUUUUGUUGGGUGCCCUUGUUGCAAUAAUUACAUCAAGAUGUUUUUCAAAUUUGUUCAGUAAGCCGCAGCCGAGUGUUUUCAAGAAACUGGAACCAUCUGAACUAACCAACUUGAACGGCAACAACAGAACGCACGUUUAAAUGUGAUUUAUUACGAUUUAUUAUUUUGUUGGUGAAAACUUUUUUAUUGUUAUAAAAAGUUUAUAUGAAUGGCAGUAAUUUAUUGUGAGCAAUUUAUUAUCUUAAAAAACGAACGCAAUACUUUAUAUCGUAAACUUAGCAAUAUCAAAUAUAAUUUUUCGGCUAUUCUUAGCCACUGAGGAUAUUUUGGGUUGAUAAUCCAUGGGAUUGAUAUAUAAUAUUAUUUUUUUUAAAUAUAUUUUUGAUUUUAAUUAUUUUCAAGUACGUACAUGAAGUUUAUGUAUGUAUGUAAGUAGGGUUUGGGAAGUUUAUCUUGAUUAUUAUAAGUUUAAUUUUUAUUCUCUUUUCAUUAGUGUGUUUUUUCCAAUAGUAACAUUCUUUUGAUUUUUCGCUUCAAGGUAUUUUUUAAAAGUUUCUAAGAAUAUUAUUUUGUAACGUUUGAUGAGUAUAAUCGUUUCAUUAAUUUGAGAAAAAAGUAUUAUCACCAUUCAAAUAUAAAAUGUUGGAAUCAGUUUCCUACUUCUUCUAUCCCAUUUUAGAUAAGCAUUCUUGGAGUCACUGGAAAAUUUUGUUACUAUCUUAUAUUUUUUAAUAAAGGGAUGUUUUUUCAGGUA